GAACCACCCAGGCGUCUGGAACAAAAAGACUUCUAUUUUAUUCAGAAGUACUUUGAUCAAUCACAUGAUCGUGUACUGUGUAACCAGUAUCAAUUUGAGAAGGACAUUGACUUAGUGCCUAGCAAACCCUGGAACUCCAAAUAAAUGUCAUUUGUUUUCUCCUUACCAACUAGAGGUCUCAGAGAGUGUCAGAGUGUGGUUUGAAUAUAUCCCAAUGUAGCUUAAUUUGGACUUAAUUUUGAUUAUAAAUAUUUGUAUUCCUUUUGAGUCAAAAUCCUGUGUAAGGAAAUUUAAGAAGUUGUUUAUAUUGUCAUUAUGUAUAAUAUUGCUGUAUAUGAAGAUCUGCCUAUUCCCCCCCCCCCCCAAGUAGUUCUCAUGAUAUCUAAUCAAGCCUAAAUACAAGAUCUAGAGAAGGUAUUAAAAAUGGGAGUGCUUAUUGGCAUGACGAACCUCUUUGGCCCUCACUGUGGGUCAGUUAGAGGGGUGCUGUGCUUUUUGAGGUGAUCAGGAAUAGUUGAGGUUGUAGGAGUAGCCUAGGGAUAGAAGAUAGGGCUUCUAUGUUAGAAGCAUGUGCCAAACUUAAAUGGAUUUCGCCUUCAGAAAAUGUUAUGGAUUGACUUUUCAAGUGUGAGUACUAUUGUGGACCUAGCUGUCAACAUGUCAAAACCAAUGUGAGGGACUAUAAUUUUUUAGUACUUCAUGAUGAACCCUUAAGGUUAUGACACUACGUCUACAGUUUGCUAGGCAGUGAUUGAUUUAUUGAUUGACGGGAAACACAGUUUAUUGUCGCCCAGGUCAGCAGGGCAAAGGACAGUUGAUGGAGCAGCUUUGAAUUCUGUCAGCAGCUCAAGAGAUGUCAGCGUUCCAACAUGAAGAACUCCGCUUCCUUCAUUUGGGUUAUGGGAAGUUGAAAUACUGCCUUGUGGUUUUGAAUCAGCCAGUGGACAAAUGUGUUCGUCAUCUUUGGAGCAAAGCUCUUUUAAGAGCCUGUGCUGAUGGAGGUGCUAACCGCCUAUACGAUACCACGGAAGGAGAGAGGGAAAGCUUUUUGCCUGAAUUCAUCAGUGGAGACUUUGAUUCUAUUAGGCCUGAAGUUAAAGAAUAUUAUGCUGUUAAGGGAUGUGAGAUUAUAUCAACGCCUGACCAAGACCAUACUGACUUCACCAAGUGCCUUGAACUGCUCCAAAAAAAGAUAGAAGAAAAAGACCUACAGGGAAAGCACAAAUUGCAUGUAGAUACCGGAAUGGAAGGCGACUGGUGUGGCCUUAUUCCUGUUGGACAGCCUUGCAAUCAUGUCACCACAACGGGCCUGAAGUGGAACCUCACAAAUAACGUGCUUGGUUUUGGAACACUGGUCAGUACUUCCAAUACCUACGAUGGAUCUGGUGUCGUGACCGUGGAAACGGACCAUCCACUCCUCUGGACCAUGGCCAUCAAAAACUAACCCCGCACCUGGCAUCCAUAGCUGUGCCUCUGACUUACCUCAUUUGCCACCGACUUCUCGCUCAACAAGAACAGUUCACCUUGGUUUACAGAAAUGAAACCUCUCCACGGGAAGCCCACUAGUUUUCAAGAUAUUGAUGUUUAGAUAACCCAGGUAACACAAAUGGCAGAUCUCAAUUUUACAGCGAGGGAGAAAAAAUCAUUAUUUGGUCAAGUAAAUAAGCUCUAUGACAUUCAAUUGGAAAACUAAUGUGGAUCAUGCCACUAUAACAUUCAGUACUGUUGUUAUGUUACUAAUCAUUACGUUUAUCCUAGAAAAUUUUUUUUAAUUUUGAAGCUGAGAAAGUUCUCUGCUGAGGGUUCUUGGUGUUCAACAUGUAAGCCUUCUUCUGCCCGUCCUUAAAUCCAUACCCCAAAGGCUACUUCUGAAUGUCUAUUCAUGCUAGAUUCCUCUGUAUAAUAUAGGAAAAAAUUCCUUUCAGAUUGGGAUGUUAGAACCACACCAUUUCACCCUGGUCUCAUUACUGUCUUGGUAUCAUGAUCUUUUAAAAGUAAAUCAAGAAGCAUUGACCUAAUUAUUAAGUUUGAAAACAGGCAGUUAUGUAAGCUCCACAUGAAGGGAGACACAGCGUGGAAGGUGAGAGGUCAGAAAGCCCCACUGACACAGUCACCCCAAGCUCAGCUCCGCAGCGAGCAUGCUACCCUUUAGCGGAGUGACAGGUGAAAACCGCCCUUGUCAUAUUUACAACCAAGCCUGAAAACGUGCAGAGGACAUCUACGCAUGCAAACUGAACGGUUUCCGACAUUACUCAGACUGAAAAAGCAGUGGUUCACAGACCCCAAGUUUAUGCAGAGGACCAGGAAAGGAGUUUGACAACCCGUGGGGAUAAGCGAGCACUGCGUACUGAGGAUCUGGGUCUGAAAGCCUGAGUUCCUGUCCCUGUCCAGCCAUUCGCCCAAGUUCCUGAACCUGCUCCUUAGCCAGAAAGUGGAAGGGGCUGCACGGAGGGUGCCUGAGCUUCCUUCCCACAGUCAGAGUCUAGACGCUGACACCUGCCCAUUACCAGGCAGAGAAUGCACAGGGUUGCUGACUCAGCAGUUUAAACACCUGGGGCCCUGGGAUUCAUCCGUGUUUCUAACGAGACCCUCUUCUCUCUUCUUACCCUUUCCUGAACGAUUUACCAAACCAAACGUUGCCAUACAAACCGUGACAUAGGAACCCCCCCCCCCCGCCAUGUUUUAUGUACACACAUUCCCGUCCUGCUGUGAGGGAGCAGCAGCCCUUUCCUUCCUGGUGUUGAGACAAAGCAAGAGUCAGGUUUGAAGUGGAGAAUAGAAGGGGGAUCAGCUGAACCAGCGUGCAGUUGUGAACAGCUUACCUGAGAGGUCAUUUUCAGUUAUUAUGCAAAUACAUGAGAUUGAAAUCCGAUGUCAAAUAAAAUUAUUUAGUUACCCACGUA